UUAAUACUCCGCUUCAAAUGAAAUGAAAGCUAAUGGCUGCUGUACUCUAAUCACGAAACAGCUGAUAUGCGUCUUUUAGUUUUACUUAAAAAUCGGUGUUUUGUUUAAAUUUAUCAGUUGAAAUUACUUAGAUGAUACGUUAUUCGUGUGACAACUUUGUGUGGAUAUCAGGAUGUCACUGACCAUACAGCAAAUAAUUUUGGAUGCAAAACGACUUGCGGGACGUCUCAAAGAGCGUGAAACUGAAGCUGAUGCUUUGCUGACUGAGACUCAGACCGCUUACAGACAAAUACAUACGAUGAAACAGUAUAAAGAGGAAGUUGAUACUCUGAACGAGGCAUCUCGUGAGCGUCCGCGAGGGACUCUUAUAGCGAGCAUCGAGCGAGAGUCGCGGUUGAUGAGAGAUGUACAGCGCGAGAACGGUGAGCUGAGGGCAGCCUUGGAAGAUCACAGACGAGCACUGGAACUCAUCAUGUCCAAGUACCGACAGCAUACUGAGAAGAGAAUAUGGGAGUCGAGGAUAGACUUCUCAAACGCUAUCAAUGAAAAACAACAAGAGUUGAUCCAGCAACAAGCAGAGAGGAUCAAUGAGAUGACAAGUAUAAUGUACAAAGCUGUCAACAUGGAUGAAUUUGAUACAAGGAAAGAAGAGGAACUCUACCAAAGGCUCAUUACAGAAAAUAAGGGGUUGAGAGAAAUGUUAGAUCUGUCAAGGAGAUACGGGUCGGAUCGUCCUUGCGUGCCGCCCACAGAGGACAAAGACGUGCAGACGGACGGGCCGCCGCUGUCAGGCGCGUGACGGCCCGCAGUCGACCCCUGCCGUCUGUGAACGCGGCUCUCAUAGGUAGACUACACACCUCCUGUCCGCACAUUUGAAACCCUUAGGCUCAAACCACAUCGAGAUAGCAACAGCCUCCACAAAUAAUUCAAAACUUUAUCUUCAUUUCUAAAAUAUAAUGCAUAGUAUCGCUUGAGAAACUUGAAAAAGUCGCGCGGCUGCACGCAGUGCCGAGAGUACUCUGGCUUCAAAUUAUACUUAAACGAUACCAUGUGUAUUGAAAUUGAAGAUAAAGUUUAAAAUUAUAUGACACUAAAGCUUUGGAGCCGGCCGCUGCCAUUUAGGUGUGAUUUGACCCUUACAGCACGGACUCUGUACUCAAUAGUGUGUACAUACUUAAGAUAACUACGUAACUCAUGUGUCCAAAUCCUUCAAAAGUUAGAUGCAGUACCAAUGGAAAUGAAGUGUAGAUGUUGACUUUGAUAUUAUAUUGUCCAAAAAUAAGGUUGCAUCUGCUUGUAUAGAAGAUGGCAGAAUGUAUACAUAGUAAUGAUAGUCUUUGAUGGUAUCCUUAAUAACUAUCGGACACCUUGUCCUAAAUUGUAUUACAGUUAUGCUAAUGAUUGAACACUGUUUGGCUAUGUGAUCCAGUUGUGUAUGCGACUGUGGCGCACUUGCUGUGAUAUGACUGGCAGGAUAUCAUCCGCUUACGACUGGUACUUACUGUCCAAGAUGUGGUGCAUCUAUGAUUGCAAACGUGACGCUGGAACUAUGUCAGAUGUGCAGGCAGGGUUGUAAUGAUUUGCUAACAACAGUCACCGUUCCAGUAUACAACUUGUAUUUUAUUGUUACUCACAGGUUUUGGAUCUUAGGUCUUUUGACAUUACGUACCUUUCAGAUUCACAUUUAUUUUAAAAAUGUGAGUGUUACAAAUUAAAUACAGCGAAAAACUACAAUGUAGCUAUUAAAUACAUAUUUGGUUUCACCUUUGGUUGUAUUUGAUGUUAAAUAUUAUAAAUAGGAUUAUAUUUAAACAGUGUUUCCAGUUAGAGCUCAUGUUAUAUCUAUUAAUGAAAUGUAUCGUGUUCACAUAAUGUCUCUAGUAAUAAUGCCAUUUUGUGAAACCAAAUCACUUCAUAUGGCAGAAACUGUGAUCUUUUAGUAUUGCUCUGUUAAUUUGUAGAUCGUACCAUUUGUUGUGCUUUAGGCUGGCCCUGUAGUGGGCGAGCGCGUUUCUCAACAGCGCGAACUCCGCGCGACCAUUGUGGUUUCAGCUUUAUGUCUGAUGACUCAACAACUUGUUAGAAUAUUUGAUGAUAAUAAUCCUGCACUAUUUCAUUUGUCUUUGAUUCAUAUAAUAUUAGAGAAAUUACCUUCUUAAUAUAAUUAAUCCUAUAAUGCUUGCUGCAUCAUCAUGUGUGUUUAAAUAUUGUUCAUUUUGAUAACAAUUAUUUUAAAGAGACAGUAUUUAUCCCAAUACAUAUACUAUCAUUUAAUUGUAAUACUCGAUGUGUACCUACCAUAAUUAUUAUGUUUUAAAUUCUAGUAAGUAAAUGUACUUUGUUUAGCAUGAUAUUAGUGUUCUCGAAUUACAUUUAGAAUUAAAGAAAGUGUGACUUUUAAUUUGUCAUUGCAGUACUGUUACAACCUCCCUGACUUCCUGCAGUAGGAUACGAUGGAAACGGUCGUAACGAGUAUUAUCAUUACCUAAUCCAUGUUUACUAGUCAAUUCACACAAGCAGGUCAAAUACUGUAUUUACACUGCAUAAGAUUUUAUAUUUUAUUUCAUGUUGUUAAAUUGUAGAUAAAAUAGAAAAUACAUUGUAACACGCAUCUCAUCUGUUGAUUGUUGUGCGAGCAGAUUGCGAUAUUUUACCUGCAUCAGUAAAGUAUUUACUUAAAUAUGCAAUAUUUUUUCAUGUAAUUUAGCGGGAUCAGCUUUGAAUGUUAGCAUAACGGUAGAAGUCGUAGGUGAUUCUUUGUAGGUAAAUUCUUAAUAAUGCCAGGGGCGUACACAAGCAAUACACUAUGAACUGUUAUUACAUUUAAGGAAUAUUUGUUGACGCGAUUCACUUCAUGAUAAUUAUUUUAGUGUACAAUAGGGUAGCUGUGUUAAAAAUGCAUUUCAUAGAAAAAACACGAAAUAAUAUUUAUUGUGAUUUACAGAGCAAGUACCUUCGAUAAGAUGAAUAAAAUUGGGGUGUGUCAAUCUUCGUUUAUGAGAUUUGAAAAUCUUAGUUAUUAGUAACAUUAAUACCUUAAUAAACCUUUGCAAUGACUUUCCCUUUACCUGAUUGUGUGAUUAAUAUCACCAAUGAAAAUUUUAAAUUUAGUGUUGCUUUAAGUUUGUUUUUUCUUUAGUAGUUAAUAAGUACCCUUGUUAAGAUAAAUUUAAGAGUGCUUAUUUGUGUUUGUAAAAUGUGUUUUAUGGUCAUAAUGGGCCAAUACAAUACAGUUGCACAAAUAGCAAAGUUUAAAUAAGCAUCUUGUUUUUAUUACAUUGAUUUAUGAAUUAUACAGUAGCCCAUUUAACCCAAUAAUAAUGCCCCUACUUAUAAAAUUUUAUGGUAUCUAUGAAAAUAUUGGAAGGAAAUGGGAGAUCUUUGUUGGAAAACUAUUUUUACAGUUAAUUAGAUAAUAAUUAUAUUUUAAGGGUCCUCAUAAUGGUCCCAGAAUAUUGAAAAGUAUAAUAAUUCAUAUACCUUAUAUUGUAUGUUUCUUGAAUGUACACGCUUGUAUGAGGUCUUAAAGUAAAAUCACAUGUAGUUGAAUAAUAAAAGCAUAGAGUAAUAUUUCUGCUUAGUUCAUAUGCAUUUAUAUUAUACCUCAAUAUUGGGAAUUAUACCUCCUGAGUAUUUUGUUAAUCCUAGAUGGUUUCUUGUAGAACCUAAAAUUAAUGCUAAAAUGUUUAGUUAGAAUCAAUUCCUACUGUUAAAAUGUUUUAGUAAUAAAUCCAGUCCGCUAGAGACUUGUAAUUGUUUUAUAUCUGGCGAUGCUGAUCAAAUUGGCAAAAGUAUUUGAGUAAAUAUAGAUACCUCUAUUACAAGCAAAAGUAGAGGUCACUAGUUUUUUCUGCUGUAGAACAACACUGUAGAGCAAAAAUAAUUAAUGUAUGUUUAAUUAAAAAUGUAAUUGAUAAUUAUAUGAUAUAAAAUCAAA